GUUUACUUGAGGUUCAUCAACACCUUCUUCUUUCUCUGGUUGACUACUUAUCUUCAUACCUGCUUUCAUACCUAGGUAGUCAAAGCACCCCUACAAUAGUCAUGGUAUCCUGCCUUUUGGGCGCUCUGCCGCCCCUUCUUCUUCUGUCUCUACAGACGGUCAACGGGGCCACGGUUCCUCGGGCGGAACCGAAAGACCUAACGACGCUCGAAGUUCACUUCGCCCCAAACCCUCUCCUCACCAACGACACCAGCUGCCUGAACGACGACCAAUGCCCGGAAGGAACCACCCGCACAGUCUCCUACUUCGUCAGCAGGGACAAAGCCGUCAUUGACGGCGAUGUCAUCUUUGGCACCGAAACCGAGAUCCUCGAAGCUUCAACCGGCAACAGUACUAAUGCAAAACGCGCCUACUCCAUCUGGCCCUUGGCAACCUCCCGCAAGUGGCCCUUCGGCGUCAUCCGAUAUCAAUACGAAGACGCUACGACGGCGUCGGGCCGUGGGCCCAAGUUUGAGGAGGCCAUCAAGAGAUGGACCAACAUGCUUCCUUUCCUGCAGUUCAUCCUUGAGCCGGACAACAGCGUCAAUCAGCCUGACAUUCUGAUGGUUCGCGCAGUGGAAGACAGCGUGUCAUACUCGUACAUUGGCAGGGUAACAUUCCCUGAAGUACAACUGGGUAGGCCGGACCUUCCCGAAACAGAUUACUGGUAUACACACACCAUCGGCCACACUCUUGGGCUCAUGCAUGAGCACCAGAGGCCCGAUCGCGACUCAUAUCUCACGCUCGACUGCGACAAGGUCGCCGCCACCGCGACUAGCCCACCGCCCGUCUGCAUCGACCCCUGUGUGGGAACCGGCUGCUACUUCUCCAUCUACGACUUCACCACCGAUCCAAACUACUACGCCGGAACUUACGACAUCAAAUCAAUCAUGCAUUUCAACCCAGGUGACUUCGCCAAAGACCUGGCCGACCCACCACUCAAGCCUAUCGACCCCAUCGUGUUCGACUCCAAUCGCGUGUACCCGACCGUCACGGAUGCAAACCGCGUCUGCGAUAUCUACUGGGAAGUGUGCCGUGGCGUCUGCGGCGAUGGCAUCCUGGCCCUAGCCAACGGCGAAGUCUGCGAUGACGGGAAUAAUGUAGAUGGCGAUGGAUGCUCUGCGGACUGCCACACCGCAGACGGAGGCCCGCGCUGCGGCGACGGCGUCGUGCAAACCACGCUCGGCGAACAAUGCGAGCCACCCAACGUAGGAAACUGCGACGCCAACUGCCACUUCGUCAUCGAGCCGCCGCACUGCGGAAACAACGUCCUAGAACCAGCUCUCGGCGAGCAGUGUGAGCCGCCCGGUACACCGACCUGCGAUGCGAACUGCCAGACCAUCAACACGCCCGCUACCUGCCCCGCGCACUGCAAUCCGAACGUCCCGAACAAUCUCUGCGAUGAGAGCACGUCGUGCAUUCCGCUGUUCGGAGCCAGUGGAGACCCGGGCCUGCCCUUUGGCAUGAGCUACAUGUGUGCCUGUAGGGCGGGCUUCAGGGCCGAUGGGGUUGAUCCGAGCGAUGGUUCGAAGCAGGUGAGGUUCUCGGCGACGCAGUAUACGAGCUAUGUGUUUGUAGAGCCGGGGAUGACGUGCAAUACGGAGUGCUCGCCAGAUACGAAUCCGUUCCCGUGCUCGGAGGUGCCGAUCCUGGAUGAGUGUUGAUGAGGUGGUAGGGAGAUGGUUGGAAGGGGGUAUUUCUUGCUCAUGUGUCGCGUUGGUCGAUGUUUAAAUUAGUUUGUUUUAUAUUGCGAUGUGAUCUUAGUCCCUGUCAUUAUUCUCCAGUUUCCUUUACUCCCCC